AUGAAGAGGACCUGGAGACUCAAUGACACCCUUCUGACCGAGGUGUCGCUGAGGGACCAAAUCACCCAAACAUUAACAAAUGACUUCACUGAAAAUGAGAUGGAUGAUGUCUCGGACAUGACAGUGUGGGAAGCACACAAAAGCGUAAUUCGAGGCAAACUCAUACAGCUAGCGUCGCAACGUAAAAAGGAGGCAGGCAGACUCAUGUCCGAGCUCAUUGACCAGAUCAACACGCCAGAAACACAACAUAAACGAAGCCAAGUGGAAGACACGUACAAAGAACUCCUAGAGGCCAGAAGGCAGCUACACACCCUACUGCUUCAGAGACACCUGAGACAACUACGCAGAUCCAAAGGAUUCUUCUAUCUCCACGCAAACAAGGGAGGGAAAUUACUCGCACAUAUGCUCAAAGGACAACAACAACCCGCACAAGUACACAAACUAAAACUGCAAGGAGUCACGACUACCCAACACCUGGAGAGAAUCGCAAAUGAAUUUCUCAAUUAUUACUCAUCUUUAUACGAUACACACAAACAAGGCGAUGAACACGAACGCACCAAACGGGACCGCAUAGAACACUUCAUAUGA